GUGUCUCAGCGAGGAUGUGCCAGUGCCUUGGAGUGUAGUGGGUCCCGUCACUAUGUUACAGCCCCGGAGAUCACUUGGAUAUUUUAGUGUCAUUUUGUUCUUGUGUUUGUGCUUACAGCUUGCUGUUACAGGAAAUGCUGAACGUUCUUUCAAUGAAAGGAUACGAAAUGGGGAGAGGUUCAGAAGACAUGAUGGUGAAGUGACGAUUCUCUCGUUAGAAGAGGACGCCAAGAAUCCACAAGCAUUGGGGAUCUUGUCCUCUACAGCGAGAACCUUCGUCCAAGGGGGGACCACCACAGAGUUCACGACCCAAGUAGUUGGGACCACUCUAGGGAGGACUUACGCUCGCCUGCUCAGUACAGGAUCGAGAGUAUUCUACGAUAACACUCGUCCACCUUCAAGAGAGAAACUAAAACCGACUGACGCCUUUUUAGUUUUUCCCACAAUCCUUCCAAAGAUAUUAGCUUCCCCCUUAGAUUCUGCUAAGAUUGCACCAUCGCAAGUACUAGAUCUUGAGCCAAAGUUACUGGAUGACGUGGAAAAAGUACAAGAUAUAGUUAGCAAUCAUGACAACUACAAUAAACUGACACUGGAUGAUCUAUUUGAUUUAUCAGAUACACGGCAAAACAUUCAAAAAGUGUUUGUUCCUAAUGAGGAUGAGCGAGAGAAUGUAGUUUCUGUAAGGAAAGAAUAUUCUGUGAAAAGGAACAGUGACAUUAAACCUGCAAAGGUUGUAAAACCAAAUAAUGAUUUACCUACCUUCACAGUCAGACAUGAGUUUGCACCUAGUGGAUUUUCAUUUGAUGACCCUCAAGAGAAAAAAGAAGAACUAAUCAAGCCAGGGAAGAGAAAUGGAAAGGCUUUAUUUAGGGGAGGAAUACCAGUAAAACAGGAAAAGAAAUUAGAUACCGUAACAUACUUUGGUUUUGCUGACUUCACUACUACAGUUGGUGAUACAGUGAUAGUAUUUAUGCCUAAGACACCAGAUCCUCAACUUGCAGGAGCGGUGACUUCUAUUACAGGAGAAGCUACUUUACGACCUGAAGAUGCAGCAAUGCCUGUAGUUACAACUGUUAAGACUUUCAUGUCUCAUUCCCCCGGUAUGGCUACUAAGACAGUUACUGGUCACUCUCUUAGUAUGCACACUACAUUACCAACCAUACUUGCCGAUCCAGUUGUCAGGGAAAGUAAAGCAUAUGAACCAGUCUAUAUUUCUUCUAAACUUCCCGAAGAUAACGAAAAUGUACCUAGUAUUGAACCUUCUUCUUCAUUUUUUGAACACAGUGACACAAUUCAAUCAAGUAUGGAAGUGGUAUCUUCUGAAGACUUUAUGUCUCAAGAAAUAAGACCUACAGAACCUUUAUCAACAUUUGCUACAACGACUACACAGGUAUAUAACCCUGCAGAAGAAGCUCUUGGUCUCUUAAAAUCAAUAGGUGGAACUGAGGCUUUUAAUGGCACAACCACUGUGUUUACUUCUUUUGUUUAUGGAACUGUCAUUGAUGGUGCAUAUAAGCAAUUGAUUCAGUCUGCUUCUAGUGUAUUUAUAAAUGUUGGAGAUGGUGUUAUAACUACUACAGGAGUUGGAAUUGGAAUUGCACCCAGUUCCACUUCUGCUAUUUCAAAAUCAGUUGACUUAGAAGAAACAACGCCUGUAUCCGAAAACACAACAACUGAAGAAAAUGAAACAACUACUGAAGAAACUUUACCAGAAACUACUUCAAAUUAUGCACAAGCUGUGGUUCCUGACGAAACUACUUCCGAAAAUGAACUAUCUAACGAGGUAGAUAGUGCCCAUAAAAUUGACUCUUCAAAACAGGACCAAAUCACUGUUCCUGAUGAGUAUACAGAACCUGAAUCCACGUCUGAAUAUAUCACAAAAAUAGUUCCUUCAACAGCUUAUAAAACCUUUACAUACUUAACAACCUUUUUCAUUCCAGAUGAAAAUGGUGGACAGACAACCUCAAUUAGAUCAAGAGAGGUGACGUCACAAGAUAUAAUGUAUGUUACCAAAGUCUUAAGUGUUGACGAUGAUGAAUUCAUGAGCACAACAGUUGCUCCAUUAGAAGUCAUUACUGAAUUUGUUCCAUCAACAAAUCCGCAAGAUAUUACUGCAACUGAAGAAGCCAAAGCGACAGAACCAACAACACCACAAAUACCUGUCACGAUACCAGAACUAACAACACCUCAAGUAUUAACAACUACUGAGAAAGAGGAUGAGGAUGAAAAAACAACAUUGUCCCCUACAACACCUAAGGUACAAGAAGAAGAAGUGGAUUUGAUUUUUAAAACUCUGUACACAACUUAUACAUACCUAACAACAUUUUUUCAAGAGUCUAGUACUAGUGUCUCAAGUAGAGAAGUUGUUGUAACAAAUGUAAUAACAACUACUUUAGAUAACACUUUUGCAUCUGAUCCGGCAGUGGCAGGAUUAUUUGGUAAGGGUAUUACAAACGUUCCUUUUACAUCUGAUGUUUUGGAACCAGCUCCAACAAGUGUAGGAAUCGGUAGACCAACAACAAAAUAUUUUGAAGAUCCAAUAAAUAUUCCAGAUGAGGAAUUAUUCACAUCUACUUUAGAAUCUGUUGAUAUUGAAAAAGAAUUAAGAACGCCAACACCUGCUUUAGAUAGUGUAAAUGAAAUAACGGAGGAUGGGUAUAAAACAUUUUACACUACUUAUACAUACUUUACAACAGUUUUUGUUGAUGGUGAAACUGAAGUUGAAAGUAGAACUGAAGUGUAUACAAAUGUUAUUAGUCCAAAUUCAUUAUUAUCCGAUAUUCAACCAACAUCUCAGGUGCCUUUUUUUAGUUCUGAUUACGUAUCAGUUUUACCAGAUGAGCAAGUUGAAUCACCGCAAGAUGUACCUGAAACUUAUCCUGCUGUAUCUUUGAGGACAACACCUACUAGACUUUAUGACAGUACAAUUUCCAGGGCCAAAAUAAAAGAUAAUGAAAUAGCUCCAUUAUCUGAGGCGUUGUUUAGUGAUCACGACAUUCAAGCAACAAAUAUAGACGAUGCAUACAAGUAUGACACAACAAUGUCAAGAGGCCAGUCAUCAGAUAAUACUAAAACUGUUGAAAACCAAGAUUUAAUGUCAGCUAAACAACAGGAAUUGUCAAAAGAGGAAAAAAUACUUCUUGGGAUCACUUCAGCAGAAGAUGCAGAAGUCCUUCAAACUGUAGUAGUUGAUGUAACUAGCAGCAGUUCAGGAGGUAGCAGGAAGGUUUAUAGAGAAAGUUAUGAUGACCCUGAUGACCAAAUUACAUCAGAGAGCAACACCGAAGAGAUUGAACCUUCAUUUUCACCUACAAUCCUCUUACAAACCAGCUAUACUACAUUUACAUACUUUACAACAGUUUAUAAAGGCACCACAAGUGACGUUAUCAGUAGGUUGGAUACAGUUACGAAUGUUGUCACCGAAACCCUUGGGCCAUCUGAUAUUGAAGCUUCAUUGAGUCCUGAAGAAGCUACACUUCCAAUCACAUACUUUACAACUUUUACCUAUUGGACUACUUUGUACAAAGAUGGAAGCACAAUGGUAACCAGUAGAGAGGAAACUAUCUCGAAUAUUGUAACUCCAACAGUUACAGAGUCGGAGCCUACUCAGAGUAUUGAUAUUACUCCAACUUCUGUCACUUCAUUAGUCUUACCUACAGUACUUACAUCCAUAGUUGGAGAAAAUUCAGUAGAUUCUCUAUUAGAACCAAAACAAUUAGUACCUGGUGUUGCAGAGGGCACAACGGAGCCUGUAACAAUAACACCUUCACCUACCACUCCGGAGCUAUCAAAUAAAGAAACUCAGGAUGAGAAAGAAACUUCAUUAACAGAUGAUGGUUCUUCUUCGUCAUCUCAAGAUUUGGAGCCUACUACAUUUUACACUACAUACACUUAUUUUACAACAUCGUAUAUUGGUAACAGUACCGUUUUAAAUAGCCGUCUGGAAACAGUGACUAAUAUUGUAACUCCUACAGCUGAUAUUGGCGAUACCACUGAAAUUACUACCACUGAGCCUACUGAAUCCAGUAAAGAUGACUUAAAUAAAACACAAACUGUUCUAAGUCCUGAACUUAAGCCAACUGGCCUUAUUUCAACCAUUAGGACUAGUGAAGUAAACAAUGGAAUCACAACAUUACUUUCUACAGAUGUAUUUGGAACCUAUAUUGAUGGCCUAUAUGCUCAGAUUUUGGAAAGUUCAACUGAAAUUAUAUCACCAACUGUUACCACUCCUACAUCAACCAAAGCAUCUUUUGCCGAUGCUCAAACUACAGGUGUUGUUUCAAUAAAUGAGGGUAAAAUUGUUGAUGCUGAAGGAAUAAGCACAACAUUCUUUACAACAAAGGCUGUAGGUACAUACAUUGACAAGUUAUAUGCUCAAGUUAUUGAAAGUACAACAUCCGUACGAGUUGAUGAAGAUAAGAAAACAGCUGUGCAAUCCCUUGAUCCAUCAACAACAGUAGUGGGUUCAAAAACUUUCAGAACUGGGCUUGUUAGACUAAUAGAAGGAUCAAUAGUAAAAGAUAAAACUACAACAUUUUAUGAGUCUCGUGUUAUUGGGACUUUGAUUGAAGGGAGGUAUGCUCAAAUUAUUGAGAGUACUUCAAGCUUUAAGGUUGAAAUGACUCCUACUCCUGUUGUGGACAUUGCAGCUACUUCAACUGGUGAAGUAGGAAUUUCUUCUACAAUUACGGUAUCUCCAUCACCUUCACCAGCAGUGGUUGAAAGUUCUAUAGGGGAUGAUGAAUCCCAUCACACUGAAAAUGAAGACAGUGAAAUUGAGGAUGACGAUGAUAGUUCAAAGGGAAGAUCUAAAUCUAGGUUGUCUUUCUCAACUCGUAAGAAAACUUUCACGCCUGUAAUAAGACCUUUCGCGUCCAGACCUCGCCCAACAUUUUUGCCUAAAAAGAAAACCGGAGAUAUAGGUAGUGCUACUACAAUUACAAGGAAUGCAUUUACUCCUACAAUUACAGCUACUCCUGCAGUAAAAUCAAGUGAGAGAGGAUUUGGAUCAAGUAGAAAUAGAUUUGCAGGAGGAAGAAGAUCGAGUUCAUCAAAUGCUAUUCAAGCUACUGCAUCAGCUUCAUCAGGAAGAAGAUUCUCUGGAAGACGUGGAAGCUCAACUGGUAGCAUUGGUUUAGCAUCCUCCAGCCAAAGUAAUUACAGAGGAAGGUCAAGUGCAAGAGUUGUACCAACAGCUUCAGCCUCAUUUGGUUCAAGUUCGAAACGAGGUGGGUUCAACUAUAGAACUUCAGUCGGACAACGAAGCUCAUCUGGAUUAAUUGGAAGUUCUCGGUUUAGAAUACGUCCAACAUUGUCCUCUGGUCUUGGAAAGCCUUCUCAGACAGUGAUUUCAACUACUGAAGAUAUAGUUAAUACAAAUGAUAUUGGAGGUACAACUGUUGUAACUGAAGAUACUUUGUAUAUUGAACAAGAAGAAGAGCAAGAGACUUCGCCCCCCACAACAACCACAACUGAAUCACCCAGACGAAGUAAUAAUCCACUUCUUCGUUUUAGAAGACCACCCAUAUUGCAGAGAAGUUCAACAACAACUACAACACCAAAACCUACAACAUCACCUGCUAGAAGAAACUCUCUACUUCGAAGGCCUGAUAGUAGGGGUUCGCCAACAACACCUUUGACACCCACAAGAAACAGACCAUCACCAACCUUCCCUCCUAGAAACCGUCAGAGACCGUCAAACAGUUUAUUUCCUCCAAGAGGUUUUCUUAGGAAACCUACACCAGCUGAAGAAGCCGAAGAAGAAGAAAAAGAAGAGGAAAAACUUGAAGACGACGAACAAAAUGACGCAAAGUUAGAUGAAGAAAACGAUUUUUCAGAUAAUGACUAUGAGGGUUCUGAGCAUUCAGAUACACAGCAUACAGCAGCAAACGAAACAGCAACUACAGAAACUGCAAAAACUGACAGAAGAGGCAGAGUCUUAAGUCCAAAUACCGUCCAGAUCAGGCCUUUCCAAGGUUUUAGACGUCCAAGGACAAAACGGCAGGCUGUUGAAUAUGGUUCUAGGAAUUACAGGAGUAGGUAUCAUAGACCAACAUCAAGAACAACAUCACCAGACUAUGCAGAUGAUGAACCAGCUCCAUCAGAACCACCAACAACUAGAUCUUCUGGCAGAUAUACUCCUCGCUCAAGAGGGCAGACAGAGAAAAAUCAACCCAGAGUAAGACCAACAAAAGCAUCCACCAAUUCUGGAAGAUCACAAUUCACAUUAAGAGAUAAAUCAUCACAAACUACUAGAUCAAAUUUUAAGAGGCCAACAUCUAGACGGAGACCAACAUCUUCUGAAACUACAAGUGCUCCCCAGAGACUUAAACCACCAAGGUUAAGGACUCAAACAUCUCGUACUCAACAACAAGAAACAACAUACACAUCAAGAAACAGUGGUCGAAGAUACACGAGUAGUAGAAGACCUACAAGUAGGUCAAGAUAUCGUGACAGUACUGACUUUGAUACCUUUUCUUUCUCUCCAUCAAGUUUUGAUGGAACUAUUACAGUAACUCAUCAAAUUCCAACUGAAGUAACUAUACCUGUAGUAAAUGGUAAAGUAACAGAGUAUAAAAAUAUAAUUACUGCCAAACCCAGCUUGGAAGUUCUAGGCCCACAUCAAUACACAACAGGAACUGCAAAGGAUGGAAAUGUAGUAAUACAACUAACUAGUGAGAUUACAAGCACUCUUCCAAAUGGUGCUAUGGAGGUCACUAAGUUCCUCGUAUAUGAGACACCUACCACUAGUGUUACAUUUACUCCUACAACAUUGCGAGGAAGGAAAACUUCUUUCUCACAUAUUGUCCCUAGUACAGUUUAUGAUGUCAAACAAGAAGUCAAUACUAUUCAACCUCAAAUAGCAGCUAAUGCUCCUUUGGCAAAUCUGUUACUUUCCCAACUUUUACUUGGAAACCUGAACCUUCAACCAAAUGCUCAACAACUAAACCCUCUUUUAGGUUUACAAAAUCAACAAUUAGCUCCAUCUACUCCUACAACAGAGUUUAAGACAAAGACCACUACUUAUGUCACUACUGUUACAGAGCAUACAUCUACAGUACUUCCACUAACCUUCAGAGGAAAAGAAAUUCUAACUACCAUUGUGGACAGUUCAACACAAGUAAUAACAGCCACCGAAUACUUGACUGAGACUGUGGUUGUGACGCCUACCGCAGCUUUAGCUGCAAACCCUCAGCAAAUCAACUCUCUACUGAUUCCUGCUUUACUCCAAGCACAACUCCUAGGCCCUGCACCUCAACAGCCUACAAUCAACCCGCUGUUGGGAACUUUGCAACAACAGAUUCUUCCACAAGAUAUUUUAAACAUCCAGGAAGAAAAACUGCAAGUUGAAGAGCCUACUCAGAGAUUCGUAAUGAGAAGACGACCAAAUGAAGAAUCUGAUGAUAGUCUAACUCUUCAAGAAUCAGAGUUGGAGGAUGUAGUUGACCAGCCAAAACUGGAACCAAAAACUAGAAAGAAAAUUAAAGUUAAGAAUGGUUCUAAAAAACCACAAGAUGCACCUCCUCCACCAAUUGCCGAUACAAGUGUAGUUACCCUUUAUGUAUCUGGGAGAAGACCAGGAGAGUUUAGCACCGUAUUGUCCACAGUAACACUGGGAGAAGAGAGCUCGGUAACUGUUCGUAAACGAGAGGUUGAAUACAAGUUUGAUGACAUAGAUAAAUAUAAAUUGGAAUAUUCUAAGUUACCAGAGAUUGGAAGCUCAUUUUCAACUCCUGAUGAUGGUUUUGAGAACUAUUAUGUAAUGUCUGCAUUAAAUGAAGUCUCAGUGGAAGGAAGUGAACAAGAGACACAAAGUUUAGAGAGCAUAGUUGGUGAUGUAAGUAGAUACCUCACUAGUGACCAGGUUAAAAUUAAUACAGAAUACACAUUUGGGAACCCAUCUAAUAUUGUUCAAGAACCAGCAACAAACCAAUUUAAAGCUACUUCAUCCAAAACAAUUAAAAAACCUACCGGUCAUUUUUUAUCCAAAAGCCCCGCUGAAGUUGCUCCACUACAGCGGAUAGGCAUUAAAAAUAAAGAUUGGAGCAACACAACUCUAAACAACUAUGAUGAUUUCUUAUUUGUGAACAAUGAUAAAUUAAUUAGAAUAAAACGUCAACUUGAGGAUAGACCUAUUGAACAACCAAAGAGAAGACGAAUCAGAGUUCGAGUACCAGUUCAAAGAAGGGUAAAUAUUGAUGAAGAUUUGGAUCCAUCAGAAGCUCAGCGAUCACAUGAUAUUACUCAUCAAGAGUUAUUGCAAACACAAGAUGUUUUAACAAAAUUGUCUGAUUUUGGAACAAGAAAAGUUAAAGUAAUCAGAUUAAGACCAAAACAAGAGGAUAAUAAUUUUCCAGAACAACCUUCCUCGCCUCGCAGACGAGUUGCUGUCAGAAGAAGACGUCCUAUAACUUCUAAUGAAUAUGAAAGCCAUUAUAUGGUUACAAAUUCUAAGGAUGAAUACAACCUUAACCAUAACAUUCAAUCAUCAGAAACUUACGAUCAAAUAACAUCAGAUGUUUAUCCAACAGUAACACCACAGCCAGCAGAAUCCGUCCACAGGAAAAAAAAGAAAGUACUUGUUACAAGAAAAAGGCCCAUUACUAUGUCAGUAUCUCCAGUAUCUAUUGAACCAACUACUAGGAGAAGAAUUAUAAUCACGAAAAAAAGGCCUGUAGUAAACACUGAAGAGCCAAUUCAACCAGCAACCAUAUUUUCAAACUUCUAUGGUGGUUUACAAAGUGAUUAUGAUUAUGAAACUCCUUCGAUUUAUAGUGAAAUUGAGGAAACAAAUGAUGACACUAACUAUUCAGAUUAUAGAGAGAAAGCAGUUGAUGAUACCAAACUUCCUGAAAGUGAAAUAAGUGAGUUCAGUCAAGAAGCAGAUAUUGAUCAAAUCAGAAUACCUGCUUGGAUUUCAGAUAACCAAUCUCUAAUGUUGAACUCUUUUGUGAACAGUGGUAUUCAAAACAAGGACAUCCCAGAAAGUACAAUCUGGUUCUAUGAACCAACUGAAGAAAUACAAAUAGAUAUCACACCAUCUACAGCUGAACCACAACUGAAUACAAAACCUUUAUCAGAAAGUGCCUUCGAUGAAGUUGGUAGUUUGGCACCAAUGCUGAAUACAGAACCUUUAUCAGAAAGUGCCUUUGAUGAAGUUGGUAGUUUAGCACCAAUGCUGAAUACAGAACCUUUAUCAAAAAGUGCCUUUGAUGAAGUUAGUAAUUUAGCACCAAUGCUGAAUACAACCCAACUAUCUUCUCAAGAGCUGUCACUUUUCCAACCGUCUGAAUCAGAUCAUCCUGAUUCAGAAGUUCUUAACACAUUUAUAACACAGGAACAUGAAGAACAAUCAUCAAGUGCACCAGACACAAUGACACCAUCAGCUGUUGUGUCAAUAUCAAUUCCACCUGAAAAUACAAUUGAAUUUGAAAGUCCUCCAAAGUUUGUUAGACCUACCAGGUCUUCCGUAACAAGAAAACCAUCGAGGACUAUUACAGGAUAUCCUGGUACUAGGAGACACCACCCAGUUUCAACUUCUGUUUUGUCCUUGGCUUCAACUUCUGAACCAACAUUUAGAUCAAGAAAACAAAGUUCAAAAAAAUACUUAGUUCCUGUAAGUGAAUAUUCAUCUAGCCAAAGUAAAAUCUUGCCAUCAAAAACUCACCAAAUACUGAGUACAUCAUUGUUUGAAGUUAGCAGUAUACUUCCAUCAGAUAUACCCCCAGUUUCUUCUCUAUCCGAAGAAUUAGACGGACAAAUAUCUUUGACUACUCCCAAUUUAGAUGAAUCAUCAACAUCAAUCUUAGCAGAAUCCUCCACUUCUCCUUACCUGUCUUCACACUCAGAAGUACCUGAGGCUCCAGUAAGUCCAACAUCUUAUAUAACGACUACCAUAACCUCAACCCGACUAAGAACCUAUACCUAUGUUGUUACAAGAGUGAGCGGCACAGAGAGUAUUAUAACUUCCUCAACUUCUGUCAAACCAGCACUGAAGACACUAACUCUGACUUUACCUGUUGUGGCCAAUUUGGAAACAGCCACGGCAGCGGAAGAGGACGAGGGGAGGGCCUUCCCCCUGGCCACUAAGGUGAUGAGCAAUGGAGUGGAGGUGAUAGUUGCAGGAGAUCGCACAACGAUGCCAGGUGCACCUGAGAUCCUUAGGAAGCUGCCAUCUCUCACUCGUCCCAUCACCUUAGCCCCUAGUACCCUAACCGAUGCCAUGAUGAUGCUUCUGCCUCAAGAUGCCACUCAAGAGACCCAAGAGCUGGUGACGAAGACUUACCUGACAACGUACACAUAUCGUACAACAUUGCUAGAGAAUGACAAGACAGUUGUAUCCAGCAGAGAGGAGGUUGUGUCCAAUGUGGUGACGGAAGAGAGGCGACCCUCAGUCUCUGUUACACCAACACCAGUUACCCAGGUGACUCUGACGGCCAGCCCUAGUCUUGCCACUGGAGUAUUCCACACGACCUACACCUACCUGAAUACCCUGGUAGAUGGUGAGGUACCUCUGGUACUCACUUCUAGAAGAACUGUAUCCAACACUGUCACAGCCCCUGAAGAUUUCUUGCAACCCUCUGAGCCUGCUGGCCAAGACACCAACACUUAUCUCAACACGGUUUCCUUCACAAAGACACUGGCAGAUGGGGCUGAUUUCAAGAUUGUAAGCACCAAAGACGUAAUGACUCAAGUAAUUAUAACAGAAAGCGACAACAAAGUUUCUUCAGUGGAUAUUAAACCAACAGCUUUAACAACUGAUGUAGUUAAAACAUAUUUUGUUACCUACACAUACUUCAGUACUAUGUUAGAUGGUGAUGAUACAGUAGUACACUCUGAGGUGGCUACUUCUUCAGACAUAGUCACAGAGAAGUUUAUGAUUCCUCCUAAAAAGACAAACACAAACACGGAAGAGACACAAAAAAGUGAAAAGAUCACUGCCACGAAAGCUCCUGAAGUUGAAUCAUCUUCUGAAAACCCCAUAAAUGUCUUUGCAACAAAAACAUAUCUUACAACUUUCACAUAUUUUACAACGUUGCUGCAAGACAAUAAUGGAAAGAGUCCUUCAACUGUUGUAAGCUCACGGACAAACGUUGUGCAAAACAUUGUUACAGAAACACUCAACACAGACUUAUUGGAUGCUAAUUAUCUUUCUUCACUAAGAAGCUCUUUACAAACAGACAGUCUUCCUAUAGUUGCAACAGCAACACUUAAUGAUGGCCAGAAAAUGGAAAUAACAGCAGUGGGAGAGCAAGUGGUUAAACAAACUGUUAGUCCUAUAAGUGAAUUAUCAUCAUCUUUUGAAGAUACUUCAUCAAACAAUAAUGUCAUAACAGGAUCUACUAUCAUAUUCUUUGAUGAAAAUGACCAGAUUGAUGACUUCGCCCCGUCAACAUCGAGUACUUUGGGUAUUGAAGUUGCUGGUCACUCUAAGAUCAAUCAACUGACAACAACAGAAAAUCAAGAUACAACUGAGCCUAGUACAGAAAAUCCACAGUCAGAGUCAUUGUCAGCAGCUGAAUCACAAGCACUGACACUUACAACAGGAGAUUCUGACUCUGAACUCGAAGAAGCACAACAUUCGUACAAGACUUCUAUCCUAGCAAGUUCCACUGUAGCCAAAAAUGGAGCAACGCUGCUCCCAGGAGCACAAGUAAUCAAAUUUAAAGAUCCAAAUGGAAACGUGUCAAUUAUUCCAGUGUCUGAUCCUGUAAGUAAACAUCCAGAUGGAACACAUUUUACUGGAACAGGGUCUAACGCUGCUGUAAGUAAUUUUUUGAAACUGGGUUCUCUGGGAAUUAACAGCCUCAAUGCUCUUGGUCCAGUUAUAAAUGCUAUGGCGGGUUUAAUAAAAAACAACCUAAAAUCAGAUCAAAAAAGAAGAAAUGAUUCUGUUGAACUUAAUGCUAAUGAUCCCGAUGACAUUCAUCUAAGAAAGAAUCCUUUGAUGACAUAUGCUGGUCCAAAACCACCAGUUCGGUCUCCUAUAUACAUUCCUGUUGGAGGAUUAGCUGCAGAUUCUGUGGCUGAAGAAAGUCAGAAUUUUGAAGGACACAAUAUCUUCCCUGAUACAAAUCAAAGGAAUAAACUUCCAGUAGUCCUAGGAAGACCAACAAUGGAAAGUCCUCUUUUGGCAGGAGGAAUUCCUAUCAGUCCAGGGCAAGUAAUAACAGCAAAUAGUGAUGUUAUCAUAGGAAGGCCUUCUGUUCAUGGAGUAAGGCCUCCAGAGUUGGGCCAUAAGCCGUACAGGAAAGAUGAUGUUCCUAUUGGAAUGAAGCCUCCACCACUCCCAAAAAUCAACUCCAAAUGGCCACCACGAGAUAGCAAUGGACACUAUAUUCCUCUUGCUCAUCAUCAAUCAGGAGAACCUCACUAUAGAAAACCACCUCAUCGUGAAACCCAAUAUCAUAGAGAUCAUCUGCACAAUUAUGAUACAAUCAACUAUAAUCCAGAAUUCUUCAAGUAUCCUGAACACUUUAAGAAACAGCCUGCUAAUGGCUCACCAAUAAACUCUAAUGAUUAUUAUAUUCCACCUCCAAGGAAAGAACCAAACAUUUUUAACUCUGAUCAGAGACCACACCAGGAAAGUAAGCAGCCUUAUAGACCACAACAAAAUAUUCAGGUUUACAACAAUAUUCCAAAUAACAACUUUGAUACCAGGCCAAUAGCGCACACAGACACUGAAGCAUUGAACACAAUAAAUAGCAAUGUAGAAUAUGUUAAUCCCAUUCAUCAUUCCCCAAUUCUUUUACCAGAUAAUACAGAUUUUGUUGAUCAGUCUUCAUUAAAUCCUCUUCUUGUUAACAUCCAGCCAUCUCAAGUAGCAAAUGUUAUAAUUCCUCAUGGUAGUUCAACAGCACUUAUCUACAGUGGAGAACACAGUCAGAAAGGUGAGAUAUUCAAUGAUCCAUCACCCUAUCCUGAUGCUGAAGUUGAUCAUGUUGUAGAUGCAUUAAGUACAGCUAGACCUGUAUCUGAAGGGGAAGGUAUAACUCAUGCAGCUAGAGUUCCUAUUCAUGCUAACAAUUUAGAUGUUCCAGUUGCUCCUCAUGGUAUCAAUGUUGCCGCAGGAAAUCAACAAGUGUAUUCAUCAAAACACGAACAGCAUAAGAGAAGACCUGAAAUAGCAAACCAAAAUUUCAUUAAUCCACAAUAUUUCUUAGAAAAGAAACCUAGUCAAACAGAUAUUUCUGACUUAGGUGAGUACUUACGACCACCACCUCCCCCGCCAACUCGUUAUACUGGAACCGAUGGAAGACCCAAUGAUGACGAGUUUGUUUUUGGGGAUGAAGUUAUUGAACAAGAUGGUGAAGAAGUCAUCCAGGAGUCAAAUGCUAGACCCCUGCGGCCAGGACAAUUACCUACGGAACUAUCUGCUAACCCAUCUACAAGUAUGCCAAUAGAUCCAGUUGAUGAUGAUAGACAAGGGAACAAUGGGUACACUACAAAUAUCAAUCAAAGGCCAAGACCUAAUAAUGAAAUAAAUUUCUCAGUUGUCAAUUCAAAACCUGUGCAACUAGAUGGUAUAUCCACAAUAAAUAAUCAAGCGCCAAUAAUAAAUGGAAGACCAGGUGUGAACAAAUUUACAGAUAAAUCUCAAGCCAUAUUAGCCGUUGGUUCUCCAACUAAGUUAAGACCUGAUGGUUCACAUGUUUUUACACCUGAAGAAGAGCAAAGUUUUAACCAUAAUAAUCGACCAUUAAAUUUUGACAGCCCUGCACUCUUUGCUGCAAUAAAUCAAGGAAAUUUUCAUAAUGACCACCCAAUGGUAGAUUCGGCUUAUUUUGAUAACAAGAAAGUACAAAAUAAUCAGCCUAAACCAAUACACGAUAAUACAGUUCUUACAAUGAACCUUGAUGAUAAACCACCUCCACCUCCAGUCUAUGAAACACCUCCACCUCCCCAAUUCACUGCUCCCGUUGUUGACUUGGAUACUCAAGCUAACACACCAAGACCAUCCAGUGCUGUAAAUCCUUCUCAGAAUCAGUUUGACCGAAAUUCACAAGAUGAUACUGUAGUAGGACUUUCUCCUCCACCACCAGAAACUAAUUAUCAUUCUCUAGAUGAAACCUCUACUCGACCAGUCCUCACCCUUGGAGGAGGACCCCCCAGAAGGCCUAUUCUUCAACCACAGAGACCUAGACCACUACCUCCUUAUAAAUUUGAGAUUCCUCCUCCACCACCAAGUCAAGACUCACCUCCUAGGCCAGCUUUGAUAUCAAAACUUGAGCCUUCCAGAAAACCAACACUGCCUGAAACAUUAUCACCACCAAAACCUGAUGAAGACUACUUUCAUAAACUUAUGCCAAAGAAACCUGUAACAACACACAAACCAGAAAUUCUCACGCAGUGGACAUCUCAGAGUGAACCAAAGCCCAUAAUAAUAGCACAACAAAAUAUGAUGAACCCUGUUCUGCAAGGUGUUUUGACCGUGGAAGAGCAACCACAGCAGCCAGAAGUAAUAACAGCUGAUUCAAAAGUGGUUUUAACAAAUGUUAUUAAUGGUCAUAGGCCUAAGCCAGAGAUUGAAAUCAAAAUUACAGGAUCUCAACCGUCUUUACAAACUGUUGUUGUUGGUAAACCUGUACCAGUGCCUGUGACUGAUAUGAUGCCAGAUAUCAUUAAACCUACAGCGGUUAAUAAGCCAGUUGAAUCUCAAGACUGGAAGGAUGGAUUUAUUGUAGGAUCAGAGACCAUCAUUGAUGACAAACCCCACUUCGCAACACCAGUAAAAGAGCAGGAUCAGUCAAGUAGUACAAAUAAAGUUUCUUCUGUAUUAGUAACAACAGGUGUAACCACAAUCUUUGGAAACCUUUUCACUCGUCCAGUGACCCCUACAAAAAUUAUCAAACCAACAAAAUCAAUGCAAAGCCAUCACACUGCUAUCAGUGUAGUAGUUGAACCUAAUUAUAAUAAAACAAAACCAAGCAAUGCAAUAAAUGCUGAUGAGAAAAAUGACCACCACAAAGUGGUUUUGACCGUUGAGGGACCUGAAGAUGAUUUAUAUGAAACAGACAGUAUAAUUACGGCACCUCCACCUACAACAUUUGUAGUGACCCACACACAAACAACAACUGUAACAACAACUGAAACAACUGUGGUCCACAGCAAGGGUAAGGAACCAUCAACACAUACAUUGGUACUAACAAAAACACAAACUUCAACCCUCCUUGAUACAGUCACAGAAGUUCACACACUAGUGAAACAAACAAGUAUUUUAUCAACAGUAACAACAACCAUACCUCAAGCUACUUCAACUGUUUACACAGGUUCUGUGGACCCAGAAGAAUAUCUUGUUUAUUCUCAAGAAAACACAGAAACAACAAAAUCUCCUGAUAAAAAUGAAGACAAACCCAAUAAAAAUCCUCAUGACAACGAAUCAAUAUUUGUUGUCAUGACUGACAAGAAACCUGGGACGGUUCAAAUCCAAACAGUCCCAGUACCGGAUAAUAGACCUCCUCCAGAAAUUCAAGUUCCAGAUGAAGCAAAUGAGAUAAGACCUAACGUUCUAUUAGGGAAUGUUUUGACCCAUCACUCUUCUGAUUCUGGGUGUCGGCCAGAAUGUAAAGCCUCCAGGAAUGAACUCUGUCAGAAGAUUGAUAAUGUCAUGAGAUGUGUAUGCAGACCUGGCUUUGCAAGGAUGUUCCCUGACAGACCCUGUAAACCUACAUACACCUACACUAUGCGACUGGUUCUGGAUCGAUAUGGCAAGGACCACAUCCGGUACACAGGACCAUUGGAGGAUCCCAACUCUGGACCGUAUCAGCGUCUGGUAGAUGCCACCAGAGAGGGUCUUGACAGGAUGGUGAUGCAAUCAGAUCUCAGAGAUAUAUACCAUGGAGUUGAAGUUAGAGGUUUUGAGCCUGCCAGAAUGCCGGACAAUGCCGUUGUUAAAUUUUACGUUCAACUGUCAGAUAACACAGAAGAAUCGAGGCUACAAGAUGUGCUUCGUAAAUCUCUCCGCAGUAACAACUACAGUCUAGGAGGCACUGAAGUAUAUGCAGCCAAAGAACAAAUACAAUACUUACUUGCUGAAGAUUUUGACGAGUGUACAGAUCCCAAAUACCACGACUGUUCUGAGGAUGCACAAUGUUUCAACCUGAGGGGAACCUACACCUGCAGCUGCAAGGAGGGCUUCAGUGACCUGUCCCCCAAUACUUUGUACCCUGGUCGAAUCUGCUCAGCCGAGCAGAUUGGGUGCGAACUCUGCAACUACCAUGGCACCUGCUACUCUCGUAACGAUGAGGAGAUUGUCUGUGAGUGCUUCCAGUGGUACGGAGGUGACACAUGUCAGAUCAAUCUCAAAGUGAUGUUGCUGAUACUGGUGACAGUGGGUGUGUGUCUGGUGGUUCUCCUGAUAGUGUGCUGUGUGUUGGCGUGUAUGAGGCGCAGAGACAUGAGAGGGCCCCCUGUGAGGCCCGGAGGAGGCUACCGACGUUACAGAGGCACCGGUGGUGGCCCCGCGCCGGAUAAGAGAGCCAUCGUCAGUCUAGAUACCAGCAGUGAGGGUAGUGUAGAACAUACACCGCCUGCAUACAUCAAACAGGCUGCCAUAACAGCCCAGAGACAGAAAGUUUUGAGGAAGGCCCACAGCAAGGGCCCGGCACCACUUCAUGUACCGGUACCGGCUGGUACGAUGGAGCGAGAUCGGUCUCUCACUGUGAUGAUUCCACGUGCCAAGUACCGGCCCGUACCCGCACAGCCCACCAACACUCUACUCACCAUGAGUACCUUCGGUCCAGAGCAGAAACUCCUCAACUACCUCAAUCCUGAGGGAAGAAAUACUCCUGAUAAGCAGGGAUCAAGAAACACUAGUCGCAAACCGAGCAACUCCACGACUCAGUCCGAACAAGUCCGCUCACGGAAACCUUCGUCACAACCGCCUGCGCCUCGCAAGCCUUCAACAGGCGCUCUAGUCUCGGCAGGGUUUGAAGUAUCAGCGACCGUCGGAAGAACAAAGGAGUUAGAUGAGUCGUUCAUUGAAGAGCCUCAUACUGACCUGAGUCAACCAGGCUUCAAUACCAUCCGCACUGGGGAAAGCUGCAUUAUAGUGGAUAUUCCCCCUCCACCAACACUAGAAGCAGAGUUGGAAGACAUCAUCUCUAAAGUUGAUCACUUGACAGUGUCUGAGGCUAGAUCUUAUGAUGAGACAACCAUUCACCCUCCGACAAAGAGUUUACACCGAGACUACCACUCGAAGAGACUUUCUUCUAGCUCUCAUCGGGCUAAUGAUGAAGGGCAUACGAUGGUAGAGAGAGACAUCGGUUCUACCUUCAUGAUGCCUCAAACUCAGCUCUUCAAAACAGAUAGAGGCAGUGACAUUUCGAACUUCGAUUCACUUUGAAAGCAGGACUUCGUAGAGAAAUAAAAUUUCUAAGAGCCUGUGACAGAGGAAGAUACAAACACAAGAUUCAUGAUAUAUUUAUUAAAGAAAUUAUCCCGUGUACAGUCCACUUAGAAACCAAACAACUCUGUCCGUAAUGUCGACUAAUGUAAAUAAUAAUAGUAUAGGUUAAGCUAGGUUAUACUAUCAAUAAUAUGUAUUUAUUUGUAAAUUUUUUCAAUCUGAACUAAAUUUACAAAGUUACCUAAAAGCAACAGCUUUGUAACUUAAUAGAGAAGUUUUGAAAGCUCAACUUAUUAGGGGGAAAGAUACGUUAAUAAUGUAGCUCAAACAUUUAGAAAAAAAUACUUUAAAUUUAGCAAUUUAUUUAUGUUGACGAAUUUGACGGUGAGAAAAUUCUCCUUCAAAUAGUUCAACUACACCAAAAUUACUUGCUUAGUAAAAAAAUGUGAUGUAUAAAAUAAAACUGUUUUAUUUGCUAUUAAGUAAUGGAUUCUUUAUUUUAAGUUGACUAGUAAACAUACAUUUUUGCUGCUUCAUUUCAGCAUGUAAAUAGUUGUCUAACAUUACCUUAUAUAUCUUGUUCUAAUUUAUAACAAUUAUAAAUAGCUUUAGUAACUUAAAAACACAACUAUGAAAUAUACACCACUGUGAACAGAGCUCAAUUUUAGUUAUUUUCAAUAUAGCUAGUUUAAUUGAUUAUCUGUGAUGGAAAAGUUCUGGUAAUAGACAAGUGUUACAGUUUUUCUUGGCUUUAUGCCAAUAAUAUACAAGUAGUUGCUCACAUAAAAUAAUAUUUAAUGAAAGCUCAAUUCUUUAUUUACUCAAAGCUAUUUUAUUUUUUUGGUGAAACCUUUCUUUGAAUUUAUAUGACAGUGUAAGAAAAUCAUAUCAUAGAAUUACUGCCUUAUCAUGACAAUAUAAAUUACAUGGUUGGCUCAAAUACUAGCUCUAAUUCCUCUCAAUACGCUCAAUUAAUAUAUAUCUAACAAAUAAGUAGACUUAUAUAGACAUUUGAAAUUCUUUUUAUCUGUAAGGAAAGUGAUACAACAGCAGACAUAAAAUUAAUACAUAGAUAUAUACUCUAAUUAUACAUUAUGGUUAUAACAGAGAAUAAAUAAUGCUAUGAAGAAUUCUCUUAGCCUAGAUGUCAUCCUGUGGAUAAACCAAACCUCUUGACUGCUGUGAGUGAGUGGUCAGCACUUCAAAACUUAGAGUAGCCAAAAACUGUGUAAAUAUAAUAAUUUAUAAACUGUAUAUUCUUUUGGUGCCCGGGUACAUAUGGUGCAAAUUAUGUAAAUACUUUUCAAGAUGGAUGUUGUUUGGUUCAAAUCCCUUGGUAGUGCCAAAACCAAUAGGAAUCAUGUGUCAUUGUAAAGUAUUUUAGAGUGGAAUCGAAAAUUAUUUUGUAGUUCUUGAAAAGAAUUAUUGUUAUGUAUUCUAUAUAUUCUAUUCUAUUUCUAUAUAAUUUUGUGAACCAAUACCAAUGUUUAUGUUAAUUUUAUUACU